AGGCGGGAAUUCGUCCGGGAGAGCGUGGUUGAGGUGACUGAUGAGGGUUGGAGAGGAAAGCUACAGCCGCCCGGAGCCCGCGACCAGGCAUGGGUGGUAGCAGCCCCCUGAGGGAAAGAGGCUUGUGACCUUUCUUCUUUGUCAGCGCUCCACUGUAUUUUUUUUUUUUUUUUUUUUUUUUUUUUUGCGGAUAUAGCUUUCCUUUUCUUCUGUGAAGGAAAAGCUUUCCUUUUCUUCUGCCUAGCGCUGUAGGCGUUUCUUCCGUUUUCCCCUGGACAGGCAAGAAUCUGAAGUAAAGAAUAAAGCAUGAUGGCUUCAAUGUCUGAAUAUACAAUUGGUGGGGUGAAAAUUACCUUUCCUUAUAAAGCUUACCCAUCACAGCUUGCUAUGAUGAAUUCUAUUGUCAGAGGAUUAAAUAGUAAGCAACAUUGUUUACUGGAGAGCCCUACAGGAAGUGGGAAAAGUGUAGCCUUACUUUGUUCUGCUUUAGCAUGGCAACAAUCUUUUAAUGGAAAGCCAGUGGACAAAAGCUUAAGUAAAAAAGCUGAGGAACCAUUGUCAUGUUGUUGUGCAUGCCAUUCAAAGAAUUUUACAAACAUUGACUUGAAACAAGGAACUUCACAUCAUUUCAAUUGUCCAAGUACACCACCUUCUGAAAGAUAUGGCACUUCAUCAACUUGUCAAGAAGACUCUCCUGAAAAAACUACGUUGGCUGCAAAGCUAUCUGCCAAGAAACAGGCUUCCAUAAAAAGAGAUGAAAAUGAUGAUUUUCAAGUAGAGAAGAAAAGAAUUCGACCCUUAGAAACUACACAGCAGAUAAGAAAGCGUCAUUGUUUUGAAAAGGAAGUGCGUGAUUUGGAUGCAAAAGUUGCUUCAGGAAAGACCACAAAACUCAACUCUCCAUUAGGAAAGAUAAACUCCUUUUCUCCACAAAAUCCCCCUGGUCACUGUUCCAGGUGUUGUUGUUCUACUAAACAAGGAAACAGUCAAGGUUACUCAAAUACCACUAAGAAGGAUCAUGGGGGGAAAUCCAAGAUACCCAAAAUAUAUUUUGGGACGCGCACACACAAGCAGAUUGCUCAGAUUACUAGAGAGCUCCGGAGAACAGCAUACUCAGGGGUCCCAAUGACUAUUCUUUCCAGCAGGGAUCAUACUUGUGUCCAUCCAGAAGUAGUGGGCAACUUCAACAGAAAUGAAAAGUGCAUGGAGUUGCUGGAUGGAAAAAAUGGCAAAUCCUGCUAUUUUUAUCAUGGCGUACAUAAAAUUAGUGAUCAACACACAUUACAGACUCUGGAAGGGAUGUGCAAAGCCUGGGAUAUAGAAGAACUUGUCAGCUUGGGAAAAAAACUAAAGGCAUGUCCAUAUUACACAGCACGGGAACUAAUAGAAGAUGCUCACAUAGUAUUUUGUCCCUACAACUAUCUUCUAGAUGCACAAAUAAGGGAAAGUAUGGAUAUCAAUCUGAAAGAACAGAUUGUCAUUUUAGAUGAAGCUCAUAACAUUGAGGACUGUGCUCGGGAGUCAGCAAGUUACAGUGUAACAGAAGUUCAACUUUGGUUUGCUCGAGAUGAAUUAGAUACCAUGGUCAACAAUAAUAUAAGGAAGAAAGAUCAUGAACCCCUACGAGCUGUGUGCUAUAGCCUAAUUAAUUGGUUAGAAGCAAACUCUGAACAUCUUGUGGAAAGGGAUUAUGAAUCAUCCUGUAAAAUAUGGAGUGGAAGUGAAAUGCUCUUAAAUUUACACAAAAUGGGUAUCACCACUGCUACUUUUCCCAUUUUGCAGGGACAUUUUUCUUCUGUCCUUCAAAAAGAAGAAAAAGUCUUACCAAUUCAUGGUAGAGAGGAGACAAGAGAAGUACCGAUUAUUAGUGCUUCAACUCAAAUAAUACUCAAAGGACUUUUUAUGGUGUUUGACUAUCUUUUUAGGCAAAACAGCAAAUUUGCAGAUGAUUAUAAAGUUGCUAUUCAACAGACUUAUUCUUGGAUAAAUCAGACUGAUUCUUCAGAUAAAAAUGAAUUCUUUGCUCAAGCAAAAAGUAGGAAACGUGUAAGACAGAAAACUGCAGUUCGUGUGCUAAAUUUUUGGUGCUUAAAUCCAGCUGUGGCCUUUUCAGAUAUUAAUGGUAAAGUUUGGACCAUUGUUUUGACAUCUGGGACCUUAUCACCAAUGAAAUCCUUUUCAUCAGAACUUGGUGUUACUUUUAGUAUCCAACUGGAGGCUAAUCAUGUCAUUAAUAACUCACAGGUUUGGGUUGGCACCAUUGGGUCAGGUCCCAAGGGUCGGAAUCUCUGUGCUACCUUCCAGCACACAGAAACUUUCGAGUUUCAGGAUGAAGUGGGCGCACUUGUGUUAUCUGUGUGUCAGGCUGUGAGCCAAGGAAUUUUGUGUUUCUUGCCAUCUUACAAGUUAUUAGAAAAGUUAAAAGAACGUUGGCUCUCUACUGGUUUAUGGCAUAAUCUAGAGUUGGUGAAAACAGUCAUCGUAGAACCACCGGCAGGAGAAAAAAUUGAUUUUGAUGAAUUACUACAGAUGUACUAUGAUGCAAUCAAAUACAAAGGAGAGAAAGAUGGAGCCCUCUUGGUAGCAGUUUGUCGUGGUAAAGUGAGUGAGGGUCUGGAUUUCUCAGAUGACAAUGCCCGUGCUGUCAUAACAAUAGGGAUUCCUUUUCCGAAUGUGAAAGAUCUACAGGUUGUACUAAAGCGACAGUACAAUGAUCAGCACUCCAAACUGAGAGGUCUUUUACCUGGUCGUCAAUGGUAUGAAAUUCAAGCAUAUAGGGCCUUAAACCAGGCCCUAGGCAGGUGUAUUCGACACAAAAAUGAUUGGGGAGCUCUUAUUCUUGUGGAUAAUCGCUUUAGUAGUAACCCUGCACAGUAUAUAUCUGGACUUUCUAAAUGGAUACGGCAGCAGGUUCAGUACCAUUCAACCUUUGAAAGUGCAAUGGAGUCCUUGGCUGAAUUUUCCAAAAAGCACCAGAAAGUCAUUGAUGUAUCCAAAGAGGACAGAAAGUUUAUACAGGACAGUGGGUCUACACUUGAAGUGGCCUGUUUGAAGGACAAUACCUUAACUUACUUAUCAGAAGCAGCAAGCCAUCUACCACCAGAAAAUCCUAGGGAAGGUGAAGCAAAAAUGUGUGUCCAAGAACUACACUGUCCUAAAAUAACCACAAGUCUAUCUCUACCAGGAGACAUCAUCUCCCGAAAGGACCAAGAUGAUCCUAUAUUAUUGGAAGAGUCUGCCCAGACAAUGAAAGCAGAAAGAAUUGUGAUUUCCAGAUCGACAAGCCCAACCUUCAACAAACAGACAAAGAGAGUUAAUUGGUCUAGCUUUAAUUCUUUGGGACAUUAUAUUACUGAUGAAAUUCUGACUGCAACACCUAAAUCCAGGUCACCAGAGGACUGUGCCUCUAGCGCUUCCCCUUUUGAAACAGAAAAAGGAUGCAAAACAGUCUUACCACUCACUGAUAAAUGUGAGUCCUCAUCUCUGACGGUAGACACAUCAGUUGAACCAUGCCCUCAAUCAGAAAUCGUUAUUUCACCAAUAAAGAUUGAUGCUACUCUUCUUAAAGAAAAUUAUUCCAAACAGCUGUUCUAUGAAGAAACCCUGGGUCCGGACAUUGAAUUGUCUCUAGUUGGUAAAGAAGCUAAACUUUCUACUUCAAAUAGAGCUUCUGACACAGAAGCAGAGGAUGAGUCUAUCUAUUUUACACCUGAACUUUAUGAUCCUGAAGAUACAAAUGAAGAAAAUUAUGAACAAGUUGAAAGUGAUAGAGAUAAUAGAUUGGCUAAUAAUUCAAAAUGCAUUUUAGCUGAAGAUCUUUUUGAAAUUAGAACUGAGAAAGGAGUCCAAGAAAUAAAAGCUGAGGAUUGCACAAAGUUGAAUAGACUCAUGAAUAAAAGUAAAAUUGAUGACAAUGGUAGUAAUAUAAAAACAACUCAUAUAAAUGAAUUAGACCUGGGAAAAACUCGUGAAACAGAUACAAAAGAAUAUUAAACAGUCUCCUUCCAACAAAUAAAGGUGUAUUCCCUGGUGUUAGGUAAUAAUACUUAACUGUCACACACUAAAAAUGUGUUGUCAUGCUUGUAUUAAACUCUCUUAUAAAUGACAAUUUCUACACUGGAUAAGUGGUAUAGCUUUUUUUUUUAAUGUAUUUUUCACUUUAACUCAUUGUUAUUACAGUGUUUUAAAAGUCUAUUUUACAUUCAGAAUGUUUUAUUAUUUUCAAGUUUUGAUAAAGAGAUUCAUACAAAAUAUUUUCCUCCAAGAAGUCUUCCUUAGCUGAAUACAAUUUAAAAAUUAACCAAUGUGAAAGAUAUGUAGUUUCCUAGGGUACUUCAUAUGUCGCAUAAAUAUUUUUUUUCUUUUUUUUUACAUUUAUUUAUUUUUGAGAGACAGAGAGAGUGUGAGCAGGGGAGGGGCAGAAAGAGAGAGGGAGACAGAAUCAGAAGCAGGCUCCAGGCUCCAAGCUGUCAGCACAGAGCCAGAUGCCGGGCUUGAACCCAUGAACUGUGAGAUCAUGACCUGAGCCAAAGUCAGAUGCUCAACCGACUGAGCCACCCAGGCGCCCCUGUCGCAUAAAUAUUUGUAUUUUGUAGUCCUGUUUUUAUACAUAAAACAUCUGUUUAAUACAUAAAAAUGAAUAGCAGUCUAAUCCAGUCUUAUCUCAGUCUUGUUUCACUUACGUAUUUACCUCAAAUCAAUAUAUUAUUUUAGAAAUCAGAGUUUUCUUGAAAAGUUUAUUCCUGUAUUAAACUGCCUACUUAGAGGGAAUUAAGAAUUAAGGAAGAAAACUGCAUGUAUUUUUAAUUGAUGUUGCUUUACAUUUUUUCAUUUGAUAAAACACAAUCAAGCACUGAAUAUAUAUUUGCUAUAUAGCAAAUUAUAUAAAGUUACAAAAUGCCAAAGGAAUGACUCCAAAUUUUUAAUUCUGAUUACUUAGCUUCAUCAUUGUAGAAAAAAGUGAAAUGUUCUAGCAUGAAGGUUGUAAUUAUGAAACUGUUAAGAUAGAAAACUCCAUAUAUAAAUUUUAUAAGUAAACCCAAACAUGUAACUGCAGCUGAAAAAUGUUCUCUUAUAGCUCACUAAAUUUUUCUGUAAAUUUUGACCCUGUUUAUGUAUUUGUGAAUGAAGCUAUACUUCUGAUCAAAAAUGGUUAUAAAAGAUGCAUUUCUCUGUCAUCAUUCCAAAAAUACAUUCACUCCUCUUUUUCUAAGAAACAUGUCUUAUUCAAUGGACAUUUAGGCUUCAUGUGAGCGAUUUGAAUUGAAAAAUCUUACAAGUUG